CUGCAUGACACUUCUGUCCAACGUGUAGUUUCGUCAGAGUUAUAGUUAAAGUUUUAUAACGCAGAAGUGACAAUUAUACUAUGGGAAAACACAGGCAGUACUAGCGUUAAUACGUCGACAGUUGCUGGACGCCAGUUCGCUAGCUGGAUAACUUGACCAGUGCUUAGUUGGGUACAUGCUUAUUUAAGUAACGUUAAGUUUUUAAUAGUUAACUGUGUUGGUGAAUUAGUAUUCUGUUCAUAUGUCUUUAUUAUUGCGUAGUGUUAGUGUAAAAACAUUAGUGUUAUAUCUACCUCUUGUUGAUGGGUCAUGUAGGGUUAAUUAUAAAUUCAUUUGGGGUGGCAGUGAUAUCCGUCGGGCUCGUGAACCUGUCAAGAAAACGAAUAUGACCAAGUUAUCCAUCUCAGAGCCUCGAGUCUACGGCUAUGUGAGAGUCACAUGUGGUAUAUUGACUCAUCUGGCAUGUGUUGCCUUCACGGCGUUAACUGCUGUAGUUUCACGACCAGGAAGUAGUUUGUUCUCUUGGCAUCCCUUCUUCAUGACACUAGCUUUCUCACUGCUCAUGACAGAGGCCAUCCUCGUGUUCUCUCCCUCCACCUCUCCGAUCUGGAAGCUUCCACACAAAACCAAGGGCCGCUUCCACUGGCUCCUGCAGGGGCUCUGUGCCACCUGUGCCACCCUGGGCGUGGCUGCCAUCUGCUACAACAAGCACCUGAACGGCAAACCCCACUUCCGCUCCUGGCACGGUCUGCUGGGUGUGGUGACGGUGUGCGGUGUGGUGCUGCAGUCCCUGGCUGCCCUGCCCCUCAUCUACACCUCUCUGGCCAAGGGCUGGUCCCUCGCCAGACUCAAGAGGUACCAUGCCACCUGUGGCCUGGUGGUUUACCUGUUGGGCAGUGCCAGCUUGUUCCUGGGCACCUGUUCAGCGUGGUUCACAGGCUCCGUGGUGGGGCACACCUGGUACCUGGCCGCCCUGUGCCCCGCCCUCUGCGCCCUGGCCGUCAUGAGCCAGGUGACCGAUGCUUACAUGGCCAAGAAACGCUUCCAGUCCUGAUCAAGGCUCCGGUCAGCUUCACUGAACAUGACCAUAAUCAGUUGGGUUACAACGGAUUUACUUUACUGUAAAAGCGCCUAAAAUGAUUAACCUUUUAUGCAUUAGCAACCAGCAAACUUGCUGUGUAUGUCUCAGUUUGUUUGUAGAAAUUAUUCUGCUCAUUUAAAUGAUUACUUGAAUAUUAUAAAAUGUCUUGUUUUGAACAUUAUGCUGUUGAGUGUCCAUGUAAAUAGAUUAUGGAAGACUAAAAGUAAUUCAGUUAACUGUGGCAGCAAUUGUUCCCAAA